UUAUCAAAUGUAAAUACAUAUACUCCGGAGUAUUUUAUAAUGGGUUCAACUCGUACAUAAAUAUGUGAAAUGAAUUCAUAUAUCGGUACAUAAAUAUAUAAAAUAAAUAUUGUAUUACUCCGUAUUAUAUUGUACAAGCUUAUAGAUGGGACACAUUUAUUUUUUUUAAAUAUAAAUUUAUGGCUUUUUAGCUCACUCAAGAGUCAAGCCUGCUCAAUUCCGCUGGUUUCAGAAACUUGCGAUCCGUUUGGACGAAGAAGAAAGGUUUCAUAUUAUAAUCUCUCUCUUCUUUAUAUGCUGAAACCAAAGCUCAGAGCUUUGUUAGACAAACAUCUAAUUAUCAACCAGGCAAAGCAAAUCCAUGGCGUCAUACUCACCAACGGCCUCCGCGAUCUCGAGCCUCCCCUGCUCCUCCGCCUCCUCCUUUCUGCAAAAUCUCACGGCGGAAGCACUCUCCAGUACGUCAAAUCCAUGGUUCAGCAUAUGCACAAAUCGGACACCUUUUGUUUUGGAUCCGCGAUUCGGAUUCUCACUGAGAAUUCUCAGUUCGGAGAGGCGAUUUCUCUCUAUGUUCGGUUUCAGAGUCUCGGAAUCGGCAGCCCGAGCACCUUUGCAAUCUCUUCCGCCGUGAAAUCGUGUUCGAGGAUUCGGGAUGUGGUCUCGGGGAGUUGUCUUCAUGCGCAGAGUUGGAAGUAUGGGUUUUGUGGGGAUGUUUAUGUCCAAACUUCUCUUGUUGAUUUUUAUUCGAAGAUGGGGAGAAUGGGUUGUGCACGGAAGGUGUUCGACGGUAUGCCUGUGAGAAAUGUGGUUUCUUGGAACUCGAUUCUGUCUGGAUAUGUGAAAUCGGGAGACAUGGAAACGGCAAGGGUUGUGUUUGAUGAGAUUCCAGAAAGAGACGUGGUUUCUUGGAACUCGAUGGUUUCUGGGUAUGCAGGGGUUGGGAAUAUGGAGAGUGCAUACGAACUGUUUGUGAAAAUGCCCGAGAGAAGUUGUGCUUCAUGGAAUGCAAUGAUAAGUGGAUACAUACAGUGUGGAAAGAUAGAUUUAGCUCGUAGCUUCUUUGAUUCUAUGGACAAAAGAAAGAAUCAAAUCACGUUCACGGCCAUGAUUUCCGGGUACUCGAAAUCUGGGGAUGUGGAAUCUGCUAGGAAGCUGUUUCAUGAAAUUUCUGAUGAAAAAGAACACAUCGUUUAUAAUGCAAUGAUAUCUACAUACGCUCAAAAUGGCCGACCAGAAGAAGCUCUCAAGCUGUUCGACGAAAUGCUUGAAUCAAAGCUGCAACCUGAUUACAUGACAUUAGCUUCUGCCAUUUCAGCUUGUUCUCAACUGGGAGAUCUAAAAUCAGGUUCUUGGAUUGAAUCAUACAUGAAGGAACAAGGAAUCCAGAUGGACGAUCAUCUCGCAACAGCUUUUCUUGAUCUUUACGCGAAGUGCGGCAUUACAGAAAAAGCUUACGCUUUGUUUCUGGGUCUACAAAACAAAGACGUCACUGCUUAUACUGCUAUGAUAUUGGGAUUCGGAAUUAACGGUAAGGCUAAUGACGCAAUCAAGCUGUUCAACGCAAUGAUCAGCUCCGAAAUCAAACCUAAUUUAGCAACAGUUACUGCAAUCUUGACUGCUUAUUCACACAUGGGAUUGGUAGAAGAAGGUUACCGUUUCUUUAGAUGCAUGGAGGAGAGGUACGGGCUGUCUCCAACCGUAGAUCAUUACGGUAUUGUUGUCGGUCUAUUGGGCCGGGCCGGGAGGCUAGAAGAAGCUUAUGGUUUGAUAAAGGGGAUGACAAUGGAGGCCCAUGUUGGGGUGUGGGGUGCUUUGCUUCAUGGUUGCAGCCUGCACUGUAAUUUGGAGAUUGGCGAGGAGGCAGCAAGGCACUGUUUGGGUGUGGAGAAUGGCGGCGGUUACCGCUCUCUUCUUGCUAAUGUUUAUGCUUCUGUUGGACGGUGGGAUGAUGCUGAGAGGCUGAGGCAGUCUGUUAAUGGGAAUGAAUGGUUUGCCAAGCUGGCCGGUUCCAGUCGGACUGAAGAUGAUGAAUAGUUUAGCGGAAAAUGAACUUGAUCCAUUAUUAUCCCGUAGAUAAGCUUCAAAUCUCUAAUCAAAGUUGGCGACGGCACGUGCUUAGGUCACGCGGCUUGUUGCUCUUCAAUCAACGCAGGCGGGACAAAAAAAUUGAACUGUCAUCACGCACCUUCUUUCGAUCAAGCAGCAACGUCGCAGGAGUGAUAAAAAUAGUGGAAAACAAAGCGAGACAAAAAGC